CUUCAUUCCUUUACAAAUUAAACGAAAGACUAAACACUGGAAAAUUCGGAACAAUGGGGGAAUGGGAUGACGAUUUAGAUGCACUCGAAGACGAGCGAGGUCGUCUGACUCUGAAUGACGCUCUCGCACCAGGCCUUCUCAGAGACCGCUUUCGCCUCCAAGUCAUCAACGCAGCUGAAGCUGAAGCCCAAAAGCACGGGAUGGAAGUGUCUCCGCCAGUGAUGUCUGCUUUGGUCGACCUAACAGUUAAAUUUACUGAACAGCUGGCAAGGGACCUUGAGAUGUUUGCACAACAUGCAGGUCGCAAAUCAGUUAACAUAGACGAUGUCAUUCUUUCUGCUCGUAGGAAUGAAGAUGUAUUAGCAUCACUAAAAGCCUUCUCCCAGGAAUUACUGAAGGGAAAGGAGAAACAAGUGGAAAGGAAGCGAAAGAAGGCAGCCUCAAAGGGAGAGAGUUCUGCCAUGGAUGUAGAAGUUGAUAAAUAGUUUAACAGGGUAAUCUUGAGAGGGUAAAAUUUAUACAAACUGACUUUUAAUUGUAAUUUAAGGAGGAUAGGUGGUAUUUCACACUGAACAUGUUAGUCUAAUAAAGCUUAGCUGAAGGGUGAAGGUAAUCGCACUAGUUGUGCUAGGUUUGGAGAAUGUAAUCUCAAAAAGCUACCAUCAAACCCUUGGGUAGUUGACAGAAGAUUCUGCGGAUACUUUGUUCUGUUGGAGGUUGCUCUAUCGUUUGCAAGGAAUAUAAUGUUCUUUGUACUGAUGGCUAACUCUAACGGGUAGUGUUCCUUUCUGAAUUAGCCCAAUUAUGCACUAGAACUCAAUGGCAUAAUCAGAAAAGACUACCAUACUAGAUCAGCAUAUACUGAUUGCAUACUAAAUAACGGGUCAGCUAGUAUAUUUAAUUGCCCUGGUAAGUGGCCACUCUCUCCUGCAACUUGUAAUAUACCGACAGAGUUUAUAAAGAUAACACAACACCUGAGGGAUUAGGAGUAUGCCAAUAUCAUGAUGGAAAGGUGAAGUCUUGGUUUGAUUAAGAUUUGGAAUCUAAUAAAAUAAUGCAGUAGAAACCAUUGGCAUUAGACAGGAGUUAUGUAUGGAGUUAACUCCUGUGGAUCCUUCUAUAUUUAAUUUUUCUUGUGAUAGAACUCGUGAUCCCCAUCUUACCAAGAGAAACAAUGGUUCUUCUUCAGUGAUGAUUAAAGCAUAGGGAACGAACUUCAGAAAAAAUGCUAAUUGCUCAAUGAAUGAGUUGUGAAUAGUUUGAAUAAUGCAGAACCAACAUAGUUAUAAAAAGCAAUUUAAGAUUACUGGAAUCUUGAUGAAGUUUCCCUCCAUCAAGGAGGCAGGCCUUGACUUUCUGAAAGAGACUAUUAUUCUUGCUUUAUCUAAGUUCUGCUGCAUCCAUGAUAUUCUUUGUCUGGGAAUGGCUCUGGUGUGAUAGUGGUAGUAUAAAUGCCAAAGUAGCUGAAAACUUGAUCCUGCAGCCAUACAUGGACGAGAGAAAGCCUAGAAUAGCUCCAAUUGGUGAUUCAGCAUGUCAUCAAGGUAUCGGAGAGAUUUGGGAGUGGCUUCAGAAUUCUGUUUGCUGUCUUCAAAAACUAGAACUCUGGGGAAGAAAUCUUUCUAUGUUUUUCCUUUUUACUGUUUGAUUAUGGAGUCAAGUUAAUGGGAUAGCCAAAUAUUUGUUGAUGCUAUUUUUUUAUCCUCCUUUGAUUGCUGAUGGUUGGCUGCAGUUGCAUUAGCUAAUAGGCUACUUUUGUUGUCAGAAAUCUGGAGUACUUAAUCUUAGUAUUAUUUUGAAGGUUUAUAUGCAAACAUGAAUAAUAAAUUUCUUCUGA